CUCAGUGUUCAUUUCUCACCGGUGCUGGGAGGCGAGUGGUGUGUAUACGAGUGUGUGAUCGCCUCUGUGCACCAGGUGAAUACCCGGCAACAGAAAGUUGACAAACUUGUUUGUCAAGUGUGUGACAAAGCAAGGAAGGGGAGAAGCCAUUUGCGAAGAUGGAGUGAGAGGGUCUGGCGGUUAAACAGAGCCUUCAAAGAUUGUAUCUUGGAACAUGGGAGAGGAUUUGGUCUAAUUUGAUUUCUGUGAGACAUACGAGCAGAGGACUGGGAGCGGCAGGGGCUGGCAGACUUUAAAACAGCUCAAGAUGGAAACAGAUUAUGAUACCACAUUUGAGGAGGACUCACAAGCGCCUAAUGAUGAAGUCAUGCCCUACAGCGAUGAUGAAACAGAUGAUGAACUGGAAAGUCCUCAGUCUGUUGAACCAGAGCAAAACAGAGUCAAUAAAGAAGCCGAACAAAACAAAGAAUGCGGCUGGCACGUUAAAGCAAAUGAUCCAAAUUUCUACAAUCAACCGCAGUUUCUGAAGAAAACAUUCCUCUGCUUUAAGAAAAGCAAAUAUGCAGGAAAUGCAAUCAAAACCUACAAGUACAACCCUAUCACUUUCCUACCAGUGAAUUUGUGUGAACAGUUCAAGAGAGUAGCUAAUACUUAUUUCCUAGGGCUGCUCGUCCUGCAGGCAAUUCCUGAAAUUUCCACAGUCUCUUGGGCAACAACCCUGUUACCCCUCCUCCUAGUGUUGGGUGUUACUGCGAUCAAAGAUCUCGUGGAUGACAUCGCUCGGCAUAAAAUGGACAAGGAAAUUAACAACCGGCCGUGCGAGGUUAUAGAAGAUGGAAGGUUCAAGGAGACUAAAUGGAAAAAUAUUCGCGUUGGUGACAUCAUCCGAAUUAACAAAAACGAGUUUGUUCCGGCAGACGUGUUAUUGCUAUCCAGCUCGGAACCAAACAGCCUGUGUUAUGUAGAAACUGCAGACCUGGAUGGGGAAACCAACCUAAAGUUCAGAAUGUCCCUCGAAAUAACAGAUCAGCUUCUCCAAGAAGAAGCUGCAUUGGCUGAAUUUGAUGGGCUAGUUACAUGCGAAGAACCGAAUAAUCGCCUGGAUAGGUUUCUUGGGACGCUACACUGGAGAGGAAUGAGUUACGGUCUUGAUGCUGAUAAAAUCUUGCUUCGUGGUUGCACGGUCAGGAACACCCUUUGCUGCCAUGGGCUGGUCUUAUUUGCGGGUGCCGACACUAAAAUUAUGAGGAACAGUGGAAAAACCACACAGAAAAGAACAAAAAUUGACUACCUCAUGAAUUAUAUGGUGUACACGAUCUUUGUUCUUCUCGCCCUUGCCGCUGCUGGGCUCGCCAUUGGGCAGGGAUUUUGGGAAGCCAAAUACGGAGCAAGGAAUGUAUCCUGGUAUCUGGAUGAUGGCAAAGAUUACUCUCCAUCUUAUCGAGGAUUUUUAGGCUUUUGGGGUUAUAUAAUUGUCCUCAACACCAUGGUACCAAUAUCCCUUUAUGUGAGCGUAGAGGUGAUCAGACUGGGUCAAAGCUACUUCAUCAACUGGGACCUACAGAUGUACUACUCCCCAAAGGACACUCCGGCCAAAGCAAGGACGACCACUUUAAAUGAACAGCUGGGUCAGAUCCAGUACAUCUUCACUGAUAAGACCGGAACCCUGACGCAAAACAUCAUGACCUUCAAGAAAUGCACCAUCAACGGGGAGACUUAUGGUGAACAAAGACAAACAAGUGGGCAAACCAUCAACGAGCUCGUAGACUUCAGCUGGAACCCCUUGGCUGAUGUGACUUUUACAUUCAAUGACAACAUCUUAAUUGAUGAGAUCCGAUCAAAUAAGAAUAAAGAAGUACACCUAUUUUUUAAGCUACUUGCCCUGUGCCACACUGUCAUGGUGGAAAAGACGGAGUCGGGUGAAAUAAUUUACCAGUCAGCAUCUCCGGAUGAAGGGGCUUUAGUCACUGCCGCCAGGAACUUUGGUUUUGUAUUCUUGUCAAGGACCCAGAGCACCAUCACAAUUAGCGAGAUGGGAAAUGAGGUGACCUACGAAGUUCUUGCUCUUCUCGACUUUAACAGUGACCGGAAGCGCAUGUCUAUAAUAGUGAGAGAACCCAAUGGAAACAUCAGGCUUUACUGUAAGGGGGCUGAUACUGUCAUAUAUGAACGUUUGCACGCCAGCAAUCCCAUCAAAGAAGUGACUCAAGAGGCUUUGGAUAUUUUUGCUAAUGAGACUUUGAGGACCCUGUGCCUUAGCUACAAGGACAUAAGCAAUGAAGACUUUGAGAAAUGGAACAAAAAGUAUAUGGAGGCCACCGUGGCCAUGAAUGAUCGGGAUCAGGCUCUGGAUAAAGUGUACGAGGAGAUUGAAACUGAGUUACUGUUAUUGGGGGCCACGGCUAUCGAAGACAAGCUGCAAGAUGAAGUCCCUCAAACGAUCGCCAAACUGGCUAAAGCCGACAUAAAGAUAUGGAUGCUUACCGGUGAUAAAAAGGAAACGGCUGAAAACAUCGGAUUUUCUUGUGAACUUUUAACAGAGGAAACGACUAUUUGCUAUGGAGAAGACAUAACACCUCUUCUACAGACCAGAAUGGAGAAUCAGAAGAACAGGGCAGGAGGAGUCCCAGGGUCCAUGACGAACAAUGAGCCGUUUUUCCAGUCGGACCAGAAGCGUGCGCUCAUUAUAACCGGAUCUUGGUUGAACGAAAUCCUCCUGGAAAAGAAAAAGAAGAAGAAGAAACGUCUGAAGCUCAAAUUCCCCAAGACCCAAGAAGAGAAACAGAAGAGUUUACAAGAGAAACUGAAAGCCGAUGCCUUAAAAGAGCAGAGACAGAGGAACUUCGUGGACCUGGCGUGCGAGUGCAGCUCCGUGAUCUGCUGCAGGGUGACCCCCAAACAGAAAGCCAUGGUCGUCGACUUGGUAAAGAGAUACAAGAAAGCGAUUACGCUGGCUAUAGGAGAUGGAGCCAACGAUGUCAACAUGAUCAAAACUGCCCAUAUCGGUGUUGGAAUAAGCGGACAGGAAGGGAUGCAAGCCGUGAUGUCUAGCGACUACUCCUGCGCUCAGUUUAAAUACCUUCAGAGACUCCUGUUGGUUCACGGACGGUGGUCGUAUAUUCGGAUGUGCAAAUUCUUACGUUACUUCUUCUACAAAAACUUUGCGUUUACGUUGGUUCAUUUCUGGUACUCGUUCUUUAACGGAUUUUCUGCCCAGACUGUGUAUGAAGACUGGUUCAUUGCCAUUUACAACGUGAUAUACUCCAGUCUGCCGGUGCUGCUCGUUGGUUUGUUGGAUCAGGAUGUGAGUGACAAGCUAAGCCUACGAUUCCCGCGUCUGUACAUCCCGGGGCAAAAAGACAUGCUCUUCAACUACAAGAAGUUCUUUUUGAGUCUGUUGCACGGCAUCAUCACCUCACUUAUUAUCUUCUUUAUUCCGUACGGCGCUUUCCUGUUAACCAUGGGACAAGACGGAGAGGCCCCCUCAGAUUAUCAAUCAUUUGCCGUUACGACGGCUACUGCCCUUAUCAUCACCGUCAAUUUCCAAAUUGGGCUCGAUACGUCAUACUGGACUUUUGUCAACGCGUUUUCAGUUUUCGGAAGCAUUGCCAUUUACUUUGGAAUCACGUUUGACCUCCACAGUGCUGGGAUUCACGUUCUGUUACCGUCCACCUUCAUAUUUACAGGUGCAGCCCCCAAUGCAUUAAGGCAGCCAUAUCUCUGGCUAACGAUAAUCCUUACAGUUGCCAUCUGUCUACUUCCAAUAGUUGCAAUGCGCUUCUUGAUAAAGAUGAUAUGGCCGACUGAAAGUGACAAAAUUCAAAAGAACAGGAGAAAAUUCAAAGAGGAAGCCAAGUGGAGACCGAGGCACAGCACUAUUCGUCGUGGUAUAUCGGCACGCCGCUCUGCCUACGCCUUCUCCCAUCAACGAGGCUACGCCGACCUCAUUUCUACAGGCCGAAAUAUACAUAGAAGACGCGCUCCGCUGGACGCUGUGCUUGGAGGCAAUGCCUCGGAAAUCAUCCAGUCUGCUGCAAACACUUUAUAAUAUAUAUUUUCUCCUUUUUUUUACGUAAAUUCUCGCACAUGAACUGUAUGUGUGUAUAUUUUUUUAAAAGCAGUUUGUGUCUCAGGAUUUUUUUUUGUAAAGCAAAAGAAAAAGGGAGUUCAGCAACACUUAAUAUGGUCGUUUUUGUAACAAAAAGAGCAUUUUUAAUCUUCUUUUUUUUUUUUUUCCUGAACUGUCUGCAAACAAUAGUCGUUAAUUAGGGAAGUCACUGGAGCAAAUUAGUCAGCGGGUCCCUUCUUUUAAUAUGCUGGGCAGAUCAGGAGAUUAUAUACUUAAAAACAAAUUAACUAACUGCAACUACAGAAAUAGACCCGGGUAUUUUAAAUGUGGGGUAUUCUUGAUGGUUUUCUUAGGUUGCAAAUUUUAAUUUGGACUUAAGCGCCUAUGAAAUCGUGGAUUACUUUUUAUUCUUUGAAUAUUUAAUGUUAAUAAUAAACUAUAGUAAAAUGGUG